AUGGCCGGCAGUGGAGGAGAUGGCGGGGCGGAGCUGGCAGAGGCGCGCAUGGCAGCGGAGGAGAUGGCAGGGCGGGUGGGGCGGCUGGAGAGCGAGGUGCAGCGCAAGGAGCGCGAGAUGCUUCACAGCCGCGAGGAGGCGGACGCUGUCAGGGCGCAGCUGCAAGCCACCCAGCAGGUAGGCACGGCACAGCUGCAAGCCACCCAGCAGGUAGGCACGGCGCAGCUGCAAGCCACCCAACAGGUAGGCACGGCGCAGCUGCAAGCCACCCAGCAGGUAGGCACGGCGCAGCUGCAAGCCACCCAGCAGGUAGGCACGGCGCAGCUGCAAGCCACCCAGCAGGUAGGCACGGCGCAGCUGCAAGCCACCCAGCAGGUAGGCACGGCGCAGCUGCAAGCCACCCAGCAGGUAGGCACGGCGCAGCUGCAAGCCACCCAGCAGGUAGGCACGGCGAGCGGCUGUGGAGGGGCGAAUGAGGGGCUCAAUUGCUGUGUGAGUGGGGAGGGGUUGAGUGAGGGAGUCAAGCUGCUCAUCUCUGGCGCUGGAGGAGGCAGCGCGGCAGGCGAGGGAGGAGCAGGCGGGCAGGCAGCAGGCGGAGGCGGCGGUGGAGGAGGAGAGAGCGGCGGCGGCAGCGGCGGUGGCGGGGCAGAUGAGCGCGGAGCAGCGGCUGAUGGAGGCACAGGCGCGCGUGCAGCUGCUGGAAGGCGAGGUGGACUCACUCAAGGUGGGGUGGGCAAGGGAGGGGAGGGGAGGGGAGGGGAGGGGAGGGGAGGGGAGGGGAGGGAAGGGGAGGGGAGGGGUGGUGGGAUGGGAUUCAUGAGCUCUCUCACCAACCCUCUCUCUUCCACCCGCCUCCCCACCCCAUCUCGCGCCCUUGUGCUCCCGUGCGGUGUGUGGGCGUGGGAGCAGGAGGUGGCAGCGAGCAAGGACUCGCUGCUGGCGGCGGUGAAGGAGGAGACCAUGCGCAAUGCUGACAUGCUGCUUGCUGCUGCCAACACUCGCAAGACCAACGCUGACAUGCUGCGCCGCGACACCACCCAGAACAUCCGUGCCCAGCGCGUCGAGCUGGCGGAGAGGAGGGCGCGCGAGCUGACGAUGGAGAGGGAGUCGCUGCGGCGGGGCGUGGCAAAGCGCGACCAGGCGCUGGGGCUCAUGAAGAGAGAGCUCGAACGCACCGCUCACAUGCUCUCCGCCGCUGCUGACACCCGCCAGGUGAGUUCUGCUGCUGACACCCGCCAGGUGAGCCCUGCUGCUGACACCCGCCAGGCAUUACGGAGCAUGAAGGAGCAGAUGGAGUGGAUGCAGGAGGAGGCGCGCGUCAAGGAGGAGCGCCUGGCAGCGCUGCAGGAGAAGUUUGUCUCUGCUCUCAAGGGCACCACCUUCCCAUCGCAUGCGUGCAUGAAUGCACCACUGUUUUUCUUAGUGCUUCGCGCGGACCCGCUGUGGUCGGCGGUGACGGAGCAGGUGGCCAUCGGCGGGAGCGUCACGACGGCGGGUGCGGAGGACGUGCGCGCGCUGCAGACGCAGUUCGGCAUGACGGCCGUCGUUAACGUCGAGGAGGAGAGCGCGAUGAAGGCGCGCGGCAGCAGCUGGGACGAGGAGCGGCGGCGGCUGGAGGAGCAAGGCGUGGUGGCCGUGUGGGUACCCGUCAAGGAGCACGACGCCACGGAGCAGGCGCUGAUGCUGCCGCAGGUGGUGCGGGUGGUGUCGGCGCUGGUGGCGGCGGGGCACACGGUGGUGCUGCAGUGCUCGUCGGGCGACCGCAUCUCGCCGCUCAUCGCCAUCGGGUACCUCAUGUUCGUGCGCGGCAUGCCCGCGGACGCCGCCUCCGCGCUGGUGGCGGAGAGACGCGCCGGCAUCAGCCCGCCCAUGGGCGUGCUCACGGAGGCGAUGGAGAAGGUGUUGGCGGGGGCGACGGCGCGCGUGAUCGAGAUCGCGGAGAGCAUCUAUCGCAAGCGCGAGCGCACGGGGCAGCCAGGCGACUCCAACUCCGACUGGGUGCAAGCCCAGCGCGCGUACAUCAACGAAGCCUUUGCGAAAUGGCUCGCUGCUGACGUCAGCUUCGCAGAGUCUAUCGCCCAGGCGGCGGAGCGCAAGGCGAGGGAGCAGCAGGCAGCAGAGGAGGCGGAGCGGAGGGCUGCUGGGCCCGCCAAGCGCCUGCUCACGCCCAUCCGCUGGAGCGAUUCCGCCAAGGCCCCCGCGCCACCGCAGUCCGCCCCGCCCGCGGCGGGCGCGGGAAGCAGCAGCGAGGCACUGGCGGCGGCGAACCGGCGCGUGGCGGCGCUGAGCAAGGAGCUGGAGGGGGUGACGCGCGUGGCGGACGAGCAGGCGGCGACGCUGCAGCGCGCGGGGCAGCAGGUGGCGGAGCUGACGGGGCAGGUGGAGGCGCUUCAGCGCAAGGAGCGGCUGUACACGGAGGCGCUGGCGCAGGCCAACGAGCGCAUGGAGCUGCUGGGGGAGCGCAUGCGCGCGGUGGAGCAGCAGGGGCGCGAGGAGAAGGAGCGCCUGGAGGGGGAGGUGCGCUCGCUGCGCGCGCGCGUGGAGGCGGACGAGCAGCGCGGCGGGCGCGCGGCGACGGUGAUCCAGGGGCUGCGCAUGGAGCUGCAGGCCGCAAAGGAUGAGGUUAAGGAGCAGUGGGCAGCCGUCGCGCGCGCGGAGAAGAGCAUCGGCGCGCUCAGCGCGCGCGUGAAGGAGGAGGAGCAGCGCGCGCAGCGCGCGGAGGCGGCGGCGCUGGCCGCGGAGGAGGACAAGCGGCGAGCGCUGCGGGAGCUGGAGGGGGCCAAGGGCGAGAGCGUGAGCGAGUCGCAAGACGCGCGCGAGCGCAUGUCGGCGCUUGGCGCGCAGGUGCAGCAGCUGAGCGAGCGGCUCAAGGCGGCGACGAGCGUGGCGGAGAAGGCAACGGGGCGCGCGGACGUGCUGGAGAAGCAGGUGGCGCAGCUGGAGGCGCGCGCGCGCAAGGCGGAGGAGCAGGAGGCGGUAUCCGCGCGCGCAGCGGGGCUGCUGACGGAGCAGGUGAAGGCGCUGGAGGGCAGCGCGGCGGAGGCGGGCGCGCGCGUGGGGCAGCUGAGCGGGGAGCUGGAGCGGCUGCGCAUGCGCGAGGCGGAGCGCGCGGCGGAGGGCGUGGCGAGCGGGGAGCGCGCGAAGCAGCUGAUGGCGCUGGUGAAGGAGCUGUCGGAGAAGGAGGCGCGGCAGCGCGCACGCACGGAGCAGGUGGAGGCGCAGCUGACGGCGCUGCGCAACCAGGACUCGGAGCUGGCCUCACGCGCUGCUGUGUUCUCCGCCCAAAUGGAGGAGAUGGCCCGCCAGCUGGCGCGGCUGAAUGCGGAGCUGGCGUUUGCGGAGGGGCGCGAGGGCGAGGUGCAGGAGGCGUGGCGCGCACAGCUGGGGGCAGCGAGCGACGUGAUGGGCGCCAUGGGACCCGAGGCGGCAGCACUGGCGGCAGAGAGGGGCGUGGAGAUGGAGAUGGAGCAGGCUGAGGGGCAGCCGGGCGAGCUGCUCAGGGUGUUGAUGCAGCGGGUGAGCUGUGAGGCGGCGGUGGUGAGGGAGCGCAGUGCACGGCUGAUAGAGGAGACGCACCACAUGCGCCAGCAGCUUGACGAAGCGCGCAACCAGGUGCAGGAGAGGCCGGCAGAGGGGUCGGAGGGAGCAGCAGCGCGGCUGAGGGAGUACGUGGAGGCAGCGGAGGCGAUGGCGGUGGAGCAGAAGCAGAAGCUGGUGGACCGCGUGCACUCGCUGCAGUGGCUGCUGGGCGCCACCAUUGCCCUGGCCGUCAUCAUCCCCGCCACCGCCUUCUAUUCCUUCUUCACCGAUGACUCACACGCCACCCAGGUGGAGAUGCUACGGUCGCGCCUGGCAGCAGCAACGAGCGGGCGGCAGGAGCUGGAGAGUGCAGCAGUGAAGGCGGAGGCGAGCAAGCGGGCAGCAAUGAGUGCAGUGCAGACGCUGGAGGAGGUGGUGGAGGCGCAGCGCGGGUCAGUGGAGCGCCUGCAGGCACUCAUUCCGCUCGUGGCACCCUCCAUCCAGUCAGAGCAGGCGGCUCGCUUCUGUGCCAACGUGCCGGUGGAGUACCAGUCUCCCGUCACCCAGCGCUUCUGCUCCGAUAUCGUGCCCCCUUCUGAUGCUGCACCGCCCACUACCGCACAGGACACCUCCUGA